AUGCACACGCCCUCCAGCCGCUUCCCAGGUGCAAGGCAACCAACAGGGCCAAGAAAAGGGUUCGAUGUGGUAGAAGGUUUCGGUGUAGUAGAAGAGUUUGACGUAGUAGAGGGGUUGGACCCGGUCGCAUGGGUUGACCUGGCAGAAGGAUUCGACGCGGCAGAAGAGUUUGAUGUGCUCAUCGAGAGGCGAUACAGUCCCCGCCGCUGCGGCUACAUCAACAGCACGAAGAGCGCGGAUUGUACGAAGAACCGCCAUGUCUCAUACCGAGGCCCCCGCGGCCCCUACAUCUCGGCCCCCGUUGGAUCGCACGAAGAGACGAUGCGGCUGUACGCCAACGGGGGUCCCCAAGCAUCCAGAUCCCAUUCCAAGCCUGACGAUGGCUAUGGCUCGUAUAAUGACCUCUACGCCGUGCCGAAACCUCAAGCCGGACAUCCAAAUAUCCCGGCUCUCGGGUACAAUCAGCAGGACCAGAAUGCUCUUGAUCCCUUCUGCACCCCAUUGAACGAGCGAUUCCGCGGGCGCCCGCAGAACAUCCUUCCAGCGGCUCCACCUGUCCCGCUUCAAGGAGUCCUUGUGAUGUGGCUUCGUCAAAGGGUAGACAAGCCUGGCUAUUACUACAAGAUCGGCAACGGACUGGCGGACUCAGAGGAGCGUGCAUCAUCAUCGCCUGAGGAGGAUGGGUUGUACUUCUUCGAUGGGCGGGAGAUGGUGAGGGUGGAUGAGAAGCCAGAUUGGGCUUGCAAGAAACGGCGACAACUGGCGGGAUAG